GGUAUGGUAGGUUGUUGACAGUUUCUACGGAUGUCAGUGAUGGUCAACAAUCCUAAAAAAAGUUGCGGAAUUAUGCGAACAAUGUAAAAUAUCAAUAUGACGGUACGUUUGCGGGAUAUUUAAAAAGAAAGGGAACAGAACCAAAUUGCACACGAAGAUAUCAACGACGUGAUUGUUGCGGAGGCUUAGAAUGUUUUGGCGUACGUACGUUCUGCGCGAGGUGAUGAACUGAAAUUCGAUGCUAGUUUGACGUUUUUUGACAUCAUGCCUCAUACUAUACCUGUAUCAGAGUUUGUUAACGAAACCAGGGAAGAUUAUAACUCGCCAAUUACCUCAACGUUUGUAUCUCGUAUGCAAGAAUGUAAAAACACUAUUUCCUCGCUCGAAGAGACCUUAGAUUACGACCGGGAUGGGUUGAGCAAGAUGCGCAAAGCCAUAAAGGCAAUAUUAACAUCAGGACAAAAUCAUGUGGAGAAUGAAAUGUGUCUGGUUAGAGCGUUGGAAAAGAUUAGUGAGGCAUCGAAAGACCAGGACAGCGAUAUCGGGGCCGCUUUCCUUAAAUUUUCGGUCGUAACAAAAGAACUAUCGGCACUAAUGAAAACUUUGAUGCAAAAUUUGAAUAACAUUGUUAUGUUUCCGCUUGAUAAUCUACUUAAAGGGGAUUUGCGCGGCGUGAAGGGCGAUUUGAAGCGGCCGUUCGAUAAAGCGUGGAAGGAUUAUGAAAAUAAAUUUGUUAAGAUUGAGAAGGAAAAGAAACAGCAAGCUAAAGAAGCGGGGAUGAUUCGCACGGAAAUAAAUAGUUCUGAAAUUGCUGAUGAAAUGGAAAAAGAAAGGAGGUUGUUUCAAUUGCAUAUGUGUGAAUAUUUAAUUAAAUAUAAUGAAAUUAAAACAAAAAAAGGGAUUGAUUUAUUGCAGAAUUUAGUAGAAUAUUAUCAUGCGCAAACGAAUUAUUUUCAAGAUGGUCUAAAAACUAUUGAACAUUUCGGGAGUUACGUAGCAGAUUUAUCGAUAAAAUUGCAAAAGAUUCGACAGAAACACGACGAGGAAAAGCGCAAAUUAACCGAAUUAAGGAAUUUGAUUCGUACAACUCCUAGCAUAGAAAAAGAGGUGGGUUCUUCUGGCGAAAGAGGUUCGGCGGGUUACUCUUUGCACCAACUCCAAGGCGAUAAACUCCACGGCGUCACUCGUAGCGGACAUUUACUCAAAAAGUCUGAAGGAAAAAUGCGCCGCGUUUGGCAGAAAAGAAAAUGUAAAGUCCAAGCUGAAGGUUACCUAGAUAUAUGUCAUGCUGAUGAAAGCAAACCUCCUACCAAAGUAAACUUAUUAACAUGUCAGAUUAAAGUGGUUCCAGAUGAUAAGCGAUGUUUUGAUCUUGUAUCAUAUAACCGAACUUACCACUUUCAAGCUGAAAAUGAAGAGGAUCAACAUGCAUGGAUGUCAGUAUUGGUAAAUUGUAAGGAAAUGGCGCUUAUGAAAGCUUUUGAUAAUAGUAGUAAAACGGGUGGAGAUAAAGUUAAUCAUAGUUUGAUUGAGCUACAACAAACGAUAAUACGAUUUAUACAACGGAUUCCGGGUAACGAUCAUUGUUGCGAUUGUAAUUCGCAAAAUGAUGCAACUUGGCUUUCAACUAACUUUGGUAUCAUCGUGUGUAUUGAGUGUUCGGGAAUUCAUCGGGAUCUUGGGGUUCACAUUUCUCGGAUUCAAUCGCUGACGUUGGAUAAUGUCGGUACUAGUCAACUUUUAUUGGCUCGAUUUAUGACCAAUCAAUCGUUUAAUGAUGUUAUGGAAGCCAAACUACCCUAUGGAAGUAAACUAACUCCGUCCAGCUCAAUGGAUGAUCGUUGUAAUUUUAUCCGCGCGAAAUACGUAGAUAAAUUAUAUGCAUUAAAAACUUGUCAAACGGAACAAGAAAAAUUUGAAGUUUUAGAAAAAGCCGUAAAUAAUGGAAAUUUAUUAGAACUGUUACAAGCUUUUGGCGAAAACGUCGAUUUGAAUGCUUUAUAUCCUACACAAACUUUCGGCGAAAAGAUGACAUCUUUACAUCACGCCGUGUUAUUAGCAAACAAUAAAACGCUACCGCUGGUCGACUUCUUAAUACAAAACAUGUCGAUACACGGCUUAAAUCGACAAACGGGACGUUCGGUCAUCCAGGAACGGGUCGGAUUGAACACCGCUUUGCAUUUAGCGGCAUUUCGCAAUCAGGUUGAAUGUAUGAAACUCUUAUUACGCAGUGGCGUCGACACCACCGUGCUCAAUUCUCAAAAUAAAACUGCGCUGGAUAUCGCUGAAGAGCACGGACAUCAUGCCUGCCAGGAAUUACUACAAAAUGCUGCCAAUCGACAAAAGAGCUUUUUUGACAAUAUUAAUAUAGAUUGGAAUCUGUCACAUGAUGAUGGUUCUACUGAUUUUUCAGAUGAUGAAACUAUUAUUGAUGAUAGGAAUGGUUCCUUAACACCAGAGAAGAAGAAUAGAUCGAGACCUCCUAGUUAUACAGGAGGAGGUGGUGAUUCUCCAAUAACAUUGCGGUCCAGGUCGUCAACGUGCGAUAGCUUACAAUCAGGUAGUAGCGUAAACAGUAACACGAGGCAAAUGCCUCCACCGCCACAGCCGUCUAGGAAGCCUGUGAUUGCAAACGUACAUGGUAGUUUGAAAAAGAGAGUUGCACCUCCACCACCAUCGUCAAGUAUGGGAUCGGCUAUGUAUGGAACAUUACCAAGUAGUCACAGCAGGACUCCUUCAGAUCCAGUUGCGGCGGGUUAUCACACGUUAAACCACACGCACAAACGGUCCCCUAGUAGCGAUUCCAGUUCGGGUGCAAGAUCUGUGAUACAUAUGGGAAAGCUAGUCAUAUCUCACGAUCCAAAAAUAAAGAGGCCACAAAAUCCGCCUCCACCUGCUCCGAGUCCGCGAUUAUCGAACGGACGUUCCACGGAAAGUAUCUCAUCGUUAGGAUCUGAGUUGGAUCCGAUGCACAAUCCAGUUCCACCGCCCCGACGGAGGAGAUGCAAAAUUGGCUUGGAAAGUAUGUCGGAACGGAAUGACCGGGCUUCAGAUUCGCCACCGCACAAGUUAACAUCAAGUCCGAUUUUGCUUGGUUCUGUAUCGUCGUCUCAAAGACCAACUGUAAGCAGGACUUCUUAUACUCCAAAUGGAAGCGGUUUGAGAAGAUGCAGGGCUUUGUAUGAUUGUCAGGCGGAUAACGACGAUGAGCUGUCGUUUAAAGAGGGCGAAAUAAUAAUAGUUACUAAUGAACAUACGGAUGAUGAUAAUUGGAUGGAGGGGAUGGUGGAAAAUGAGCCGGUUCGUAAGGGAAUGUUUCCUAUAAGUUUCGUCCACAUGCUCCAGGAUUAAAUAAGCGGCACGGAUCGACCUUGUAACGUUAACUUGAAUGUUUUUUAUUGUACGCCGCACUGGUUUUUAAUUCACGUGUAAGGUUACAAGCGCCUGCCAUACGUUAACUACGGCCAUUGUUAGGUAUUUACCAGGAUUACGAAUUUUACUUCCUAUCGUAAACUGCAUUUUUUUCUUCUUUUUUAAUUAUUUUUUUUAACGUUUACUCUUCAUUUAUUUUUGCUAGUCAUUAAGUUAAUUUUUUUUAAUUAAUUUCCCGGUACGUUUAUGUUACGAUGCGAAAGAUAUUAACCGUUGAUGAUAUCGGUAUUGAUAGUUAUUGUGAUUGUUUAUCGUGUAGCUUUCCGUUCCGAUCCUGUCCUCGAAUGUUCAAUUCGACUGACCAUGUACCUAAACUUAAAAAAAAAGCGCGGCGACGCAGUAGCAUGUUUGUGUUUGGCCUUGCGAUUCGCUCCUCCACAAACCAUCAACCCUUUUUCCUUUAAUAGAUAAGGGGCAACCAAAGAGAUGUUACGCAACUCGACCUCCUCCAAAUAGUAAUUUUAGUUUCUCUAAUCGAUUUAAAAUAAUAAACUAUUUUGUACAUAAUAAUUUUUUUGUUUAGUUUUAAAACGUCGCGUUAUUUAUUUAUUUCCCACGAAAAAGGCUCGCACCCUUUUUGCGGUUUUCGUUUCUCACCAACGAACAGUAUUUUUUUCUUUAUUAUUUUGCAGUAUUCAGAACCGCACAAACAUGCUAACCGAUGAUACAGAGAAUAAAAAAAGAUGUUUUAAAAAAUAAAAAAAGAAAAUUAUAGCUUUUGAUGUACGUUAAACAUAUAAUAUAUAUUUAAUGUAAUAAUGUCAAAAUGUAUGUAGAUAUUAUAGAAAGUAUUGAAUACAAUUUUAUUAAUUACUUUCAAUUUUAUUCCAAGUUUUAGAUGAAGAGAAACGAAAACAAUAAUUCUAUAUAAAACAGCUUAUUCAAUUCAGAUAUAAACAAGCAUCAAUCAUAAUUUGAAAUAUCUCAGUUAAUCAAAGAUACUAGAUAAGAUAGAUUUUUAGAUUAUUUUCAACCGACUAUAAACACAAAUACUGAUUGUUGAUGUAAAUUAAAACUAAAAAUGAGUCCUCCAGUA